AUGGCAAACGGCGGCGGAGGCGGCUGCAGUACAUACUUCUCGCGAGGAGGAGGAGGCGGCAGCAGCAGCAAGAUGAUCAGCACCAGCAGCAACCUGAACGCGGACUCCAGUAGCUACUACUCGGGAGGAGGAGGCGGCGGCGGCGGCAUUAAGAUGAACAGCCCCAUCAGCACCAGCAGCAACCUGAACGCGGACUCCUCCUCAGCGAUCAACGCGGCCAUCAUCCCCACGACCAUGGAGGUCCCCUGCGACCGCGGGCAGCGCAUGUGGUGGGCCUUCCUGGCCUCGUCCAUGGUCACCUUUUUCGGGGGACUCUUUCUCACCCUGCUCGGGAGGACCCUCAAGUACCUGUGGACCGUCUGCUGCCACUGUGGGGGCAAGGAGAAGGAAUGAAGGAUCACCUGUGAAUGUAUUCACCCAUACUGGUGCAGAACACAGGGUGAAAAUGGGUCUUUGUCACAGUUUGUGGUGCGGUAGCAACAAAGCUAGAGCAAAGCGUUCAGAGAGAGGUAAAUCGGUGAAUGUCUUUGAUGAGGAGUCACAGCAGAAACCUGAUCCAAGUUUUGUUCAUGGUCUCCAUCCACCUGCAGAAACCAGACCUUCAGGUACCCCCCCUGAACUCAUUGAUGUGAGGCAGAUCAAUGAUAAUAGUGCUGAAAGAAAUUCCACCACGCCUACUGAGGAAAAAAGAGAGAAUGAUAAACCGGAGACGAUUGUGUUUCA